UUGACCGUCGGAAUUGGUUCAGUCCCAACUAUUUUGUUUUUACACGGCAGCGUGACGCGAGCACCGUGAUCAAUUUAUUUCCAGACCUGURAGGUGUUUCUAUAGUGGCGGGGGUCUACUACAACCGGUGUUAGCCGUCCUUCCUCUUUUAGUUUUGUGACCGCCGUGACCGGACAUUUAGUACAAUAUGUUCAUGAUUGACUCUCGCACGCAUUAUAUUAUCUAAAGUGCAAUUUAUUAUUACUACGGCACAAGUGAAUUGAAACAUGAAUUAAUGCGUGAUAUUAUCCUACCCCGCUAAUACACGAAGAUGGAUACAAAAUGUUUACUUUGGAUAUUACUAUUAGUAGCUACUACAGACACGAUAAAUGCUGCAAAAAUAUUAGCCAUCACGCCAAUAGCAGCAGCCAGUCACUGGAAUGUUAUGAGCUCCGUACUGGAAGUACUAUUAAAUCGGGGCCACACGAUUACAGUAGUGUCACCAUUUCCAAGGAAGACACCGCACGAGAAUUACACUCAAAUUGACGUAUCUAAACUAGUGCCAUUUGCAAUCGCAUCACCUUGGGAAACGGUGGUCGGAGUGUACAAGCCCCCUACGAGAUGUCUGAAAUUCCUAAACGACGUUCAACAGCACAUGUGUCGCACGGCAUUCGACCACCCAGACCUCCWGCUUGCACUACGCACGCAGCACUACGAUCUCGUAAUCACAGAGCUACUUGCAUCCCGAUGCGACUUGUACUUGGCCAGCCGCCUGGGUGUACCACACGUGGCCAUCAUGUCCAGUCAGAUGCUCACCUGGUACCAGGAUUCGUUUGACAGCCCGUCGAACCCGUCGUACAUCACGACACUGAACUCACCCUAUCCAAAGCCGGAGACAUUCGUUCAACGGUUUUGGAACGUCAUCGACUAUGUGACAAUUUUUAUGUAUUUCAAGUACAUUGACACUGCAGCCACGAUUAUGGGUCGUCAAUAUUUUGGCGACGACAGUCCGCACGCCGAGGAUUUACUCCGUAAUGUAUCAAUGGUGUUYCUCAACACGCAUUCGAACUUUGACUUUUCCAAACCGUUGGCGACCAAUUUUAAAGAAAUCGGAGGCAUACACUUAAAACCACCCAAACCAUUGCCCACCGACCUGCAGGAAUUUAUCGACAACUCCGAACAUGGCGUUAUAUAUUUCAGUUUGGGGUCCGUGGUCAGGAUGGAAGAUUUACCAAUUGCUAUACAAAACGGACUUACAGAAGGAUUCGGAGAAUUAUCACAAAAGGUUUUGUGGAAAUUAGAGUCAGAUAGACCAAUUAUCAAUCUACCCAAAAAUGUAAUUACAAGAAAAUGGUUUCCUCAAUAUGAUAUUAUAAGACAUCCAAAUGUAAAACUUUUUAUCACACACGGUGGUAAUUCUGGCGUUAUCGAAGCAACUAGCGCAGGCAUUCCGGUACUAGGUUUUCCCAUAUUUUUUGAUCAGCCAAGAAAUUUGGAACUAUUCAAAUACUGGGGUUCCGGCUUGUUUAUAGACUACAAUAAUUUCACGAAAGAAGACUUUGUACACAAGAUUAAGCAGAUUCUAAGUGAUCAAAGGUUCAAAGAMAAUGCCGUGGAUUUAUCAUACCGUUUCCACGAUCGUCCACUCAAUCCAAAAGACACAGUGGCCUAUUGGACAGAGUACGUGUUACGACACAACGGCGCACACCACCUGAAAUCACAGGCCGUAAAUACUAAAUGGUAUCAAUACUUCUCGUUGGACUUUUUUGUUUUAACCUUCGUUAUUCUUAUAUCGUUAUUGCAUUUCUUUUAUAAUGUUAUUUCUAUCAUAUUAAAAUGAAUACCGUUAAAUGCGUUAAGGACAUUGGAUAUUUUCUCGUUUUUAUGUUUCUGUUCUAAUCCAUAUUACAAUAUACGUUGAUCUCCUUUUUCCCAUCUCAAAAUUAAUUUUACUUUUAAUGUAAUAUACUWCUGUUAAAUCAUAAACUUUCUAUGAGUAAAAUAUAUCAACCAUAUUCUGUAGGUUCAAAAACUUUUAUGCAGUUUUCGGUUAGACUUUUUAAGAGAAAAAAAAUUCAAAAAUGUUGUAAAAUUAAAAUUUAUAAAAACUUUA